CUGAGCGGACAAAAAUCAGAAGAAGUCGCUUCUAGGGCAAAAGGAGACACCUUUAGCAUUUGAAGUCUCUUUUUUUUUCCCCAGAGACAUUUGUUCUUCUUUUGAAUUGUCUUUGAUGUAAACUCUUUGGACCUUCCAUAUCUAAAGAUGCCGAGGUAUGAGCUGUGUUUGAUCCUGAAGGCGAUGCAGAGGCCGGAGACUGCGGCUGUCCUGCGGCGCACGGUGGAGACUCUGUUCGAGCGCGGCGCGGUGGUCCGGAGUCUGGAAAACCUCGGCGAGCGAAGACUGCCCUACAAGAUCUCCAAACACGACUGUCGCCACACGCACGGCGGAUACUUCUCCGUCGAUUUCCACGCCUCGCCCAAUAUCGUCAGCGGGCUGUUGGAGCAACUUGAACGGGACAUUGACGUUUUGCGUCCCACAGUUUUGAGAAAAGACAUUGAGUUUCCCAAGCCGCAGUGCUGUGGCCCGCCACCUGCCAAAGCAAAGAGUGCCUCGUCGAAGUAAAUGAUUGUGAAGAUUGCCUAAUCUGCUGGAUUAUAGAAAUGGAUUUGCAACCAGACAAACUAAUAUCUGGAUUUAUUUAAAAAAUAAAAAAAAAUUUGUGCA